AUGAGGCAGUCUACUACUGUUAAUGAAAAGACCCUUAAUCAAACAAACAAACAAAAAAGGUCUACAUUCCAGAUACCAACUGCUUUAAAGAAGAGAUUGGGGUGUCGGCUCUGCUCCCACGCUGGGCCUCUGCGCUGGCCUCUCCGAGCCGCGGGUGAAGCUUUGGCCGGCCGCAGCGAGCGCGCCCCGUCCUUUGUGACGUCAGCGAGGCUGAGUGGACAGCCGGAACGACGGGCUACGGCAGCUUCGAUGGCCUUGCACCGGCCCAUCAAAGGUAUCCUGAAGAACAAGAGCUCUGCCGCUUCCUCUGUGGUGUCCUCGGCUGAACAGCCCAGCGGGAAUGCGGAUGAAGAGCUGAGUAAAAAAUCCCUGAGGUGGGAUGAAAUGAACAUCCUGGCAACAUAUCACCCAGCAGACAAAGACUAUGGUUUAAUGAAGAUAGAUGAACCUAGCACUCCUUAUCAUAGUAUGAUAGGUGAUGAUGAUGAUGAAACACUGAGUGAUUCUGAAGCCACUGAAGCCAUGACUCCUGAUGUUUUAGCCAAGAAAUUAAGUGCUGCUGAAGGCUUCGAGCCAAAGUAUAGGAUUCAGGAGAAAGAAAGCAGUGAGGAGGAAGAGCAGGUUCUCUCGCCUGAAGAACAAGAAAAAAAGCGACAGUUUGAAAAGAAAAGAAAGAUGUACUAUAAUGAGGGACUGGAUAUUAAAUUAGCUAGACAGUUAAUUUCAAAAGACCUACAUGAUGAAGAUGAUGAAGCUGAAGAAAUGCCAGAGACUACAGAUGGAGAAAAGAUAAACACGGAGGACUCAAAUCAAGGAUCUACUACAACUGACCAGCUGCAAAACAAAUCAUAG